GGAAUUGAAAAUGUUGGAAAGCCAGUGAGGAUGAUGAUGAUGAUGAUGAAUAUAAAACAAGUCAACACAUAAAAAAUUAUAUUUGUGAAGAAAAUAAAUGUGAAAAUAAUGGAACCGGAAAAAUGGCACAUGCGAAUAUAUUUCUUUUUACUAUUAAUCACUUCAACGUAUUCAAAUGUUGGAAAGAUGACUUCAUCUCAAAAUCACUUUGGAAAUUCUGUACAAAGUCAAUUCAAUACCAAAAAUAACACGCGUGUCAUCGCCCAGAAAGGCGGUCUUGCGAUACUGCCAUGUGUCGUCAAAGUCAAUUCCCCGGCAACGGUUUCUUGGAUACGAAGAAAAGAUUUUCAGUUGCUCACCGUUGGAUUAUCGACGCACAGCAGCGACAAAAGAUUUUUAGUUGAGCACACACGUCACAUGGGCCAUUGGUCACUGCGAAUUAAAGCUGUGCGGGAGGAGGACAGGGGAUUUUAUGAGUGUCAAUUGUCAAUUUAUCCAACUCAAUCAAUUUUCAUAGAAUUAAAAAUCGUCGAAGCGGUUGCUGAAAUAUCAAAUGCAUCCGAUAUUCUUAUCGACGAAACUUCCACACUUCAAUUACAAUGCAAACUUAAAGGUGCCACGGAAAAUCCUUCCUUUGUCUUUUGGUAUCAUGAAAACAAAAUGGUUAACUAUGAUGCUCAAGGCGGUUUUGUGGUAGAGAAUGCACUUCCCAAUCUGGAAAACGCGUCGAAAGUCGGUGCUGGCAAAAAUAAAACAUUUCGUGGCACAAUGGAAUUGAAUGUUGGCAGUAGUCCUCUUAGUCCAUCGGGCCCGUCUCCGCAGACAUCGCCAAUGACUCCGUUUUCGACAUUACAGUCGCAGCAGCAACAACAACAGCAGCAGCAGCAGCAGCAACAACACAAAUCGCCAUAUCUUCCAAAUUCCUCGAUGAGUGUCCUUACCAUUAAAACGGUAACAUUUCAUCAUGCUGGCAAUUAUACAUGUGCACCAUCGAAUGCGAGGCCAGCCAGCAUAACGGUACAUGUCCUUCGAGGUGAGAAGCCAGCCGCUAUGCAGCAUGCAAAUCGAAGUAUUUUGGAUGGUGAAAAUAGUUCGAAUACAACACUGGGCUAUAACAAUAUCAAAGGAUUAAAUGGUACAAAUAGUCUGCUGAUGCCAGUGCCAUCUUUAUUAAUAUCCGUUUUAUGUCUGCUAGCUAAUCUGCCUUCCGCGUCCCAGUUGCACAAACAGACUCCAAUGAUAUUCUUCGUAUUCAUAUUAUGUAUUUUUAAUAGCUGAAAUUUUAAAUCAUAAAUUGCGUAGUUUCAAUUCAAUUGACAUUGGCAAUUGUAUUUUUAGGAAUUGUAUAUACAUACAUAUAUACUCAUGCGUAACGUACAUAAGAAUACAUUAGUAUCACGAUAUAAAAUAUUAUUAAGAAAUUAAGUUUAAAAAAAAAAAAAAAAAAAAAAAAAAA